UGCACAAAAACCAGAUUACAAUGAUCCAUCCUAGUUCCUUGGUAAAUUUGAGAAUCCUGAAAAGUUGUUCCUGGCACGCAACAAGAUAACAAGCAUUCAGUCUAUUGGACUUGCAAGUAUGUCCCGGUUACAGAGUUUGGACCUGUGUUUCAACCAGAUAAGAAUGAUUCCGCCCAGGUCAUUCGCAAAUCUUAAAAACCUCAAAAAGUUGCUGCUGAUCUCCAACAAGGUAACAAUGAUUCAGGCGGGAACGUUUGCAAACCUACCGCAGCUGCAAGAGUUGAAACUCGACUCCAACUCGAUAGCCACGAUUCAGACAGGGUCAUUCGCAAACCUACCCCGGCUUGAAUCGUUGUGGCUGUGCCACAAUCAGAUAACAAAUAUUCAGGCAGGUUUAUUCGCAAACCUACCCCGGCUUGAAUAUUUGACAUUGUCCAAUAAUAAGAUAACAAAGAUCCACGCUGGUGCCUUUGUAAAUCUAAACCACUUCAAACGGUUGACCCUGCAAAUGAACCCAAUAAGAACUAUUCAGGCAGGUGCAUUCACAGGUCUACCGCGGGUUGAGGUCAUGUGGCUCUCCAGAAACAAGAUAACGAUGAUUCAAGCAGGUGCAUUUGCAGAUCUAAAACAUCUAGAAAGGUUGGUUUUGAACUCCAACCAAAUAACAACGAUUCAUUCAGGUGCCUUUUCAAAUCUGCCCAAACUUCGAUGUUUGGAGCUAUGGAACAACAAGAUGUCUGCUAUUGCCCCUUUAGCUUUUGGCUUGUUGCCGUCUAAUCUGAUCAUAAAGCUCGAUAGGAAUCCCUGGCAGUGUGACUGUAAGAUGCUUCUCUUCUGGCUCGAUUCGACUGAAUUUCCGUCAGUUAAAUACCAGAUAAUCUGUGCCCAACCCGCCAAAUUCCGGGGACAGAAGCUCGCAAGUAUCAAUCGUAAAAAAAUGGCAUGUGAAGAGCCAACCAUGACAACACUGCCCGCUGAUGCCAAAGUAACCUGCAGCAACCAUUACAAUGGCACAGCAUCUGAAACAGGAGGUCCUGAAAUCAAAACUAACAGACCAAGAACAACAAUAGCUUCACCCUUCCAAACGUCUUCAGACAGACUAGAAAGCAAAGAUUUUCAUGCUGAUACCCCUGUAGCCUCUAACAAUUAUAACAAUGACACACCAAACUCCUUGGGCACACCAGCUAGCUCGACAGGAAGUCCUAAAGGCAAAAGAGGCAAAACAAGAGCAACACUGGCUUCGCCCCUUCAAAUCACUUCAGACAAACCGGCAAGCAACAGUUCAUCCCAAUCUGCUCCCAGUUUCCCCUCUCCUGUUCUCAUUGCCUCUAUCUGCGUCUCAAUAGCUGGCAUUGUCCUGAUUGGUAGCACCAUUCUCAUAAUCUGGUGCAAGAGGAGGACCAGCCUUCCUCCCUUGGGACCGAAUGUUGAUUGAACAAACUCGGCAGUUUCUGUAAUAACCAGUGGUCAUGAUCAGACAGGGCAGGGACAGUCUCUAGCUGACCCUCAGUCCCUGGCAAUGGGAAGUAUAUACGUAUCACGUAACCAAUUGCUGGCUGCAUUAAAGGCAAAUCCUACAUACGAAGGAGAGUGGAGACCGCCAACAGACCCAAAUGCCAUGGCCGGUAGUGGCCAUGAUCACCAGUAUGAAGACAUAGACAAACAACAUGAUCAGAUAGGACAGGGUCAGUCUCAGGCCAGCACGGAAUCGAACACAAACACCACAGCAAACCAGUAUGAAAAUGACGAUCCAAACACUAUGGCUGAUAGUGUUUAUGAUCACCAGUAUGAAGACAUAGACAAACAACAUAAUCAGACAGGGCAGAGACCGUCUCUGGCCGUCACUACACCCAACGCGAGCACCACAGCAAAACAGUAUAAAAAUGACAACACAAAAGCUCUAGUGACCAGUG